UGAAACCUGAACGAAAUUAGGAAAAGUUUAAUUUAAAUAUAGAUAAAGUUUAUAACAUUUUAACAAAGGGAGACAAUAACCUUCAGUAGACAAACUUCACUUUUUAUAGCUUGUCUUCCCUUCCACUGCAGAAAAGCAGAAGGUUCUUACAAUAUUUAACAAUUAAGUCAUUAGAGAAAUAUUUCAACUUCACGGACAUGCAAAGGCUAGAAAGAAAUGUAGCUACCAUGUUCCAGAGGAUGUGCAAUGUCAAUGAGCAUGUACAACAAAGUGCAAAUACAUUGAGAGGAAAAUCAAGCCUAAGCGGAUCAGAGCUCAUUGGCCUUCAGUUUUUCACCUUCAUCAAAUGUUUAGUACUUAUGAAGAACAAAGCCAGUGAUGCUACAAAGAACAUUUUGUCAUGAAAAAGAGGGAAAACCAAGAAGAGCAAUUUUUCAUAACCAGGAGAUUCCAUAUAUUCCAGCAAAUUUUGAGAUAACUUAAUUUCUGCAACCAGCACACAAAAUUUGAAAAACUAAGGUGGAUUAUUUCAAGCUGAAUGAAAAUUAAUGAGAUGACCAUUACUAAAACUCUAUCUGACAUUUAUUCCUAUCACCAUUUGAGGAAGAAAACUCAUUCAUUUCAAAAUUUCAAAAAAUACUGCUAGUUCCUUACUUUUUAUAAACAAAAGCAAAUGUCAUUGUUUUGAUUAUGAAUGUCAGUUAAUUAUUAAUUACUGAUUAAUAAUCUAGAUUAUUAGUUUUUAUUGUUUUUGUUUGUUCCUGUGAGUUUAAAACCAAAUCUAAAAGAAGAAAAAAAUAUGAAAAACAACUUAGGAAAUAUGAAAAAAAAAUGAAUUUAUUCCCUUAAUAAUUUUUGAUUCCAUCAAAUAUUCUAUGUCAGAAUCUUACAAUGCCAAAGAUAUGCUGGCCUUGUUGAAAGAGAAUGAAAUUGAGUGUCUUGAAGAAAUCCAUGCAGCGGCCGUUGCUUCCGAGGUCACUGUAGCACAUUAUCCUCACCCUUAUUCUACUUCUGUAAAGCCUUCACUGUCUUCAACAGUGGCCAGUUUACCAGCUGGUGCUAUCUCAGAAAAGAAGCUUUGCACCACUAAGUGUUUCAAGUGUCCAGACUGUAAGAAAUCCUUCUCACAACUUGGCAAUCUGAAGACCCAUCAAAAUAUUCACAGUCCAGUCAAACCAUUUCAGUGUAAAGUAUGUCAGAGAAGUUUUGCACAACAAAGUACCCUCCUGCAGCAUAUGCGACUGCACACUGGUGAGAAACCCUACAAAUGCAAGCUAUGUAAUAAGGACUUUACUCAGUCUUCUCAUUUACAGCAGCACUUGCGUACCCAUACAGGAGAGCGGCCAUACAAAUGCUCAUUCUGUGAUAAGGAUUUUGCCCAACGCUCAACACUCAACCAACACACUUUGACACAUACUGGUAUCAAGCUUUUUAUUUGUCCACAUUGCAACAAAAGCUUUGCACAAGCAAGCCACUUGAAUCAGCAUGUACGUCGACACACUGGGGAAAAACCUUACAAAUGCUAUACAUGCUUGAAGGAAUUCACGCAAUCAAGUAACUUAGCCCAGCACAUGAGAACUCACACAGGAGAAAAGCCAUAUCACUGCUCAUUGUGUAACCGUGAUUUUGCACAGUGCAGUCAUCUAAACCAGCAUAUGCGUAACAAACAUGACAGUAAGUUGUCUGCUGGUAUUGUUAAUAAUAACCAGUACAUUCUGAACAGAUAUCAACAAUUCCAAGAGAAUUCUAAGAGAGAUAACACUUCAAAUUCUGUAGAUGGUUACCAACCAAAUUUCUAUCCAUUAUUUAAUCAAUUAACUUCAAGUCAACAAACAGUAACAUCAUCAAGAGAAAUAGUUUCAACAACUCAUAAAAGUAAACAACCCAACUUGAAUUUUAUGUGUACCAGCACCAACUGUACUCUAACAGACAGUCUGUCCACAAAGAAUAAUUAUCUCCAGGAAAAACCAAUUGAGUUGUCAACUUCCCUUCCAAUUAGCCAGUCCAGUUACUUUAAUCCCCAUAACAGAGAUCAGAUUACAUAUCCCUCAGAUGAAUAUGUGCCAAACUGUGAUCCUUCAUCCCAAACCUUACGUCAGUAUUCAAGAAGUACCCACAAUAAAACUGGUGAUACAUCAGAAGGGAUUUUGCACUUAAACUGGGACAGUAGGAACAACUUAAGUAAAUCAACAGAUGACUCUCAACAUUCUUUCCUGGAUUCAAUUAAGGAAAUGAAAUCUUUGCCUGUAACACAGCAAAAUAUUUAUGCAAAUCAAAUUGAUCCAAAUGAUUCUGGGAAUUCAGAAAGCAAAGCAGAAAGGGACCCUACAGUUCCUAAUGGUAAAUUGGCAGUCAGUCACCUACGAUCACCAAAUAAUUUACAAAGCACUGAAAUCUUAAUGCUGGAAAAUACCCUGACUGUAUACAAUCGCUCAUAUGAUAAUUCCACUCCUACAAAAGACUGUUUAAACAAACUCUCUAUAUCUCACUCAGAAGUGGUUUCUCAUUUGAAGGAAUUGACGGAGAGUGACUGUCAUGCUUUGCCCAUUCAGGAGACAUCCAAUGACAGCCAGGUUCAGGUUUCUGUUUGUGAUCAUUCCCAGAGGAAACAUUCAUUAAAUCAGGAACAACUAGAAAAGAACCCAAUGGGUUUUAAAAGAAAUCAACAUGAAGGUCAAUAUAAACAUCAAACUGAAGAUGACCAGCCAACAUCCAAAGAGAAAUUACACAGUGACUUUUUUUUGCUUCAAAAUAAAUCAUCAGAAGGAAGUAAUUCUUCCUCCCAGCUUGCUCCUGUUAAGCAUAAAGAUCUUUCUAAUAGGUGUUACAACCAUAAAAAUGACACCCAGAAUAACAAUACCAAGUUAACAGACAUAAGGUCAGCAAGUCAAACAGACAAACUGUCAACAAAAGUCACUGAUGGAAAUUGUCUUCAAUCAUUGCCAACUAAAUCACAUUUAUCAAAGGCAUUACAGCAUGGUUCUUCAAACAGUUCCUCUCUUUUAGUUGUUCAGUACAAUUCUACAACUGCCGAAUCUGAAUCAGAAAAUUACCAAUCACCAACCAACCAUCAAGUUACUCAUAUACAGAACUGAACUAUUAAAUAUAUUCUUUUUAUUUCUCCUUUACUGACUGUUUUGGAUUGAGUUAAGACAUUGAAAUAUGACUGGUGAAAGGGUCAUUACCAGAACAUACAGUAUAUAUGGCAAUAUUAUUUAUUUAAAUUCCAAAUAAUGCAUACUUUCUUGUAUACACACUUGUAUAUAUGCACACAAAAAUGGACAACAGCUAUGCUGUGGAUUCACCAACUGCAAUGAAAAAGUCAAAAUCAAACAUAAACGAAUGAAUAUCAAGAGAUGAAGAGAGAAACAGAAACGCUUACAUACAUACUGACAGACAUGCAUGCACAUAAGUGCAUGUAUACACACACACACGCAGACAUAUAUAUCAUACAUACUUGCAUACAUACAUACAUACAUACAAUCAUGCAUGCAUGCAUACAUACAUACAUACAUACAUACAUACAUACAUCAUCGUUUACAUACAUUCAUAUAUAGAUUUACAUUUAUACACAGAGAGAUAUGGAGACAGUUAUACAGAUAGAGAGACAGCUACACAGAUAGGCAAACAGAUAAUUGAACAGACAUAUAUGCAGAGAGAAAAUACACUGAGAGAAAGACUGAUAGACAAAUAAAAAGAUUCAAAUCAGUUAAAUAGAUACUGAGAUAGGUAGUCAAGCAGAUAGAAGCACAACCAAAAGAAAACUUCAGAGGCAGAAUAGUUAUAUAAACAAAUAGACAAACAGAACAAAACUACAUAUUCUUGGUAAGGAACAUUACAAAUAUUCCAUACUUUACAGAAGCAUUGCAUUUCUGAAAAAUCUUGCUGUAAUGAAAUUACAAAACAUGAAACUACUUUCCCAUAUUGACUUCUGAUAUGUAACAUGGAUGUCAGUGUGUUUCUUUCUUGAGUCAUUUGAGACAAUAAGAAAAUAGUUUACACAUUAUGGAAUUCUACAUUUUGGUAAGAUUUUUCAAGAAUGUCAACAGUUCCAUAACAUAGGGAAUAUCUGUAUAUAUGCAUGUACAGUAUAGCUUUUCUGAAACCUUUAGUUCCAGAGCAAUUCCAGAUUACUGAUUUUUCUGAACCAGGGGUGAUCAGACCCUAAAUUAAACAAAUAUUAAAUUUGCAUAAAUGAUACAAGUUUAUUGAUAUUUCACUGUAUGAGGUAGUAGUAAAUUAGUUUGGUGGCUGUGGAAAUUUGAAGUUAGUGUGAAUGAUAAGAGGUUCCAGACCAUCUGUACCUGGAAGUCGGUGUUGUACUUGUAUACACCUACUGAAACAUACAAACUAAAUAGACAGUAAACAUUUAUCAGAAUAGUGAUUGAUUUUCUAUAGAGUUAAGAACGAAUAACAAAAGUGGGGACAACAGUAUAAAAUAUUACAAAUAACAAAAUAUUUAUGAAUUAUUCUUCUGGUACAUAAAUUUGUAGGGUUGUACUGUCAAUUGGACAUAUGUAUAUUAUAUAUGCUGUAAUUGUGACUUUGAUAAGUUUUUAAAUUUGGAUUACAGAACUGGUUGUGUAGUUAAGAAAUUUGUUUCAGGUUGACAAACAUCUUGUGAGUGGAAUAGGAACUGUACAGAAGCAUAUCAUAUAUACAUAUAUGAGGGAAUGCUGAAAAGUUCCUGGCUUUGAGUAAAAGAACAAACAGGAAGAUCAGUUAAUUAUGAUUUUAUUCAAUAUAUUUCCUUUCAGAUUCACACUUAUUGCAGCAGUCCUUCAGUUUUUCUAAGCCCUCUAAGAGAACUCGGAAACUUGUGCCUCCAACCAGGCCUUUCAUGAUAUCCUUAAAGCCAGGAAUUUUUCAA